UGGAAGCCGCGCGUGGGCCUCUCUUAAUAACAUUACAGGCCCACAAACCCAAGUGGAUGAAGCCAGACACAUCAACCGAUCCGAUAUGAUUGGUUUAGGUCUAACACCUCGCAUCUCGUCUCUCUUGUUUCCCAAGUAUUCAACCCUAAUUUCGAGCACAAUGUAUCUCCCAGAGGAAUUGGUAGUGGAGAUACUCGCUAGGGUUUCAGCGGCUUCUCUGGCACGAUUGCGACGUGUAUCCAAAGGAUGGAACGCUACAAUCAAUGAUGAGAAAUUUGCGAAGAAGCGCUUUUUGCUGCGGUCUCAUGCUACUGUAAUCAUGCUGGUUGAGCAUAGGGUUUAUCUAGUGAGCGUCAAUCUCCACGAAGUUCACAACAACAUGGUUAAGGUAAAAUAUCAAUUGAGCCUUAAAGAUCCACUUUCUAAAUCUUCAGAAGAAGUUGAUAUACAUGAUAUCUUUCCUUGCGACGGCUUAUUACUAUGCACCACCAAAGACGAUAGACUGGUUGUUUGGAAUCCGCUUUCACGUGAAACAAGGUGGAUUCAACCAAAAAGCACCUACAAUAUAUUAGAUUACUUUGCUCUCGGUAAAUCCUCAUGCAACAAGUACAAAAUCUUGAGGAUGGAUCAAAUUGGUAAUAUUCACCCAGACUCACUUGAGUUCGAAAUCUAUGACUUUACCUCUAAUUCGUGGAGGGUUGUUGGUAAGACUACAGACUGGUUCAUACAACCGUGGCAGGGCCGUGUCAUGUCUGUGAAUGGAAACGCUUACUGGCUUGCUUGUAGGGAAGGCCAUGGAGAUUUCUUACAAAGUUUUGAUUUUUCAACAGAGAGAUUCAAAAGGGUGUCUCUUCCGGGUGAUCAUCAUUCUUAUCAGGUUUUCGGCUUAUCAGUUACUAGAGAAGAGCAACAACUUUGUUUGCUUACUCAGAACAACUCGAAACAGAGUCCAUAUGCAUGGAUCGAACCUGCUGAGGAACCUAGGAUAAAUGUAUGGAUCGCAACUAAGAUUGAGAGUAACGGAGCCGCGUCAUGGAUCAAGUUUAUAUCAUUUGAUUUAGACAAUAUCCACCAGCGUUUUUGCUUUCUUAAUGCGAUGAAUUUCUUGGUCGACCCGGAGAACAAAGUUUUACUGUGUCGCGGUAAAAUUUGGGUCUCCAAGACCUUCUUAAACAUUUUGGGAGAAAAUAAAUCCAUACAAGUGGAUCACCAAGAUAGCGAAUCUGUAUGCUCACUUCUCGUCAAUUAUGCUCCAACUUUGGUUCAAAUCCAACAAGGUUCUUUAGUGUGAUUUAUUAUUGU